UCAGCUGUGCCAGUCCCUGCAGGCUGCUUGGCUCUCUGGUGCACAGGUCUCCUGGCAGUGCCAGUGAAGAACGUAAAUCGGCGCUCGCUCCAACAGCGUCCUAUAAAUGCUCUGCCUUCUCUCUUUUUCCUAGUUGGCACGGCACAGAUCACCAACGAUUAUUUUCUUAGCAAUCUUUGGAUCGAAAUUGCAUCGGUAACAACAAGGGAUGCUCGCAGAGCACAGGGAGAACAGCAGGGCUGGCUUCGGCCUCAAGAAGCCUCUGAAAAUGAAUAUGGUGAAGAGGAUCAUGGGGAGGCCGCGGCAGGAGGAGUGCAGCCCACAGGACAACGCGCUGGGACUCAUGCACCUGCGUCGCCUCUUCUCCGAGCUCUGCCACCCACCGCGACACAUGACACAAAAAGAGCAGGAGGAGAAGCUCUACAUGAUGCUGCCUGUUUUCAACCGGGUGUUUGGGAACGCUCCACCAAACACGAUGAAUGAGAAGUUUUCAGACCUGCUGCAGUUCACCACUCAAGUGUCCAGGCUGAUGGUGACUGAGAUCAGACGGAGAGCGUCCAAUAAAUCAACAGAGGCAGCCAGCAGAGCCAUUGUCCAGUUUCUGGAGGUAAAUCAGAGCGAGGAGGCGAGCCGGGGCUGGAUGCUCCUGACCACCAUCAACCUGCUGGCUUCUUCGGGACAGAAAACAGUGGACUGUAUGACCACUAUGUCGGUGCCCUCCACACUGGUGAAGUGUCUAUAUUUGUUUUUUGACCUGCCCCAUAUGCCCGAGGUUCCUGCUGCCACCCAGACUGAGCUUCCUCUGGCGGACCGCAGAGCUCUUCUUCAGAAAGUCUUUGUCCAGAUCCUUGUGAAGCUGUGUAGCUACGUGUCUCCAGCAGAAGAGCUGGCCCAGAAGGAUGAUCUACAGCUGCUCUUCAGUGCCAUCACCUCCUGGUGUCCCCCCCACAACCUUCCCUGGAGGAAGAGCGCCGGAGAAGUGCUUACCACCAUCUCCAGAUAUGGGCUCAGCGUUAACGUCGUCAAGUACAUCCACGAGAAAGAGUGCUUGUCAACGUGCAUCCAGAACAUGCAGCAGUCAGAUGACCUCUCUCCUCUGGAGAUUGUGGAGAUGUUUGCUGGGCUCUCCUGUUUUUUGAAGGAUUCGAGUGAUGUCUCUCAGACACUCCUGGAUGACUUCCGCAUGUGUCAGGGUUACACCUUCCUCAUAGAUCUUAUGAUCAGGUUGGAGCAGGCCAAAGAGGAUGAAUCCAAAGAUGCUCUAAAGGACCUGGUCAACCUGGUGACCGCUCUGACCACAUAUGGUGUCAGCGAGCUGAAGCCAGCUGGUCUCACCACCGGAGCACCCUUCCUGCUUCCAGGUUUUGUGGUUCCACAGCCUUCUGGGAAAGGCCACACAGUCAGAAACAUCCAGGCUUUCUCUGUGCUUCAGAAUACCUUCUUGAAGGCCAAGAGUGGUCGAUUAGCACGUAUGAUCCUUGAAGCCAUUGCCAACAUAUACGCUGCCGACUAUGCCAACUAUUUCAUCUUAGAGGCACAGCACACGCUGUCGCAGUUUGCAGAGCGAGUACCAAAGCUACCGGAGGUGCAGUCCAAGUACUUUGAGCUACUGGAGUUUGUUGUCUUCGGGCUUAAUUACGUACCAUGCAAAGAGCUUUUUAGCGUUAGCGUGCUGUUAAAGUCCAGCACUUCUUACGGAUGCAGCAUCACAGCCACUCGCACUCUUCUCAAGCUCGGCCGCCACCACCCUGUCUUCAGUGAUGUCUUCCGUGAAGUUGGACUCCAGGAAGUGUUAGUUAACCUGCUCCACAAAUAUGCAGCACUGUUGAAAGACCCAACACAAGCACAUGGCGAGCAGGGUGAUGCCAAGAACAAUGUGGCUGAAGAUCAAAAACAGCUUGCCUGGCUUGUCAUGGAGACACUCACGGUCCUCUUGCAAGGCUCAAACACCAAUGCAGGAUUGUUCCGUGAGUUUGGUGGAGCCCGGUGUGUGCACAACAUUGUGAAGUACCGUCAGUGUCGUGAGCACGCUCUGAUGAUCAUUCAACAGCUGGUGCUGUCGCCUUCUGGAGAUGAUGACAUGGGUACUCUGCUCGGCCUUAUGCACUCUGCACCUUCAACAGAACUACAGCUCAAAACUGACAUUCUGCGGGCUUUGUUAGCAGUGCUGCGCGAGAGCCACCGUACACGCACCGUCUUUCGCAAGGUGGGAGGCUUUGUGUACGUGACCUCACUGUUGGUUGCCAUGGAGCGUUCUCUCUGUUCUCCUCCUGUCAGCGGCUGGGAGAAGGUCAACCAGAACAAAAUCUUUGAACUACUACACACCGUAUUCUGCACUCUAACAGCAGCCAUGCGUUACGAACCUGCCAACUCACACUUCUUUCGCACUGAGAUCCAGUAUGAGAAGCUGGCCGAUGCUGUGCGACUUUUGGGAUGUUUUUCUGAUGCUAAGAAAGUUGGUCCAGCAACCGUCUUCCCCUCAAAUGCCCAACCAUUCCAGCGGUUACUGGAAGAUGAGAUCAUACCAGCAGAAAAUGUGUGUCCCACACUCAAGCACUGCAGCAAGCUGUUCAUCUACCUGUACAAGGUGGCCACCGACUCUUUUGACAGUCGUGCCGAGCAGGUGCCCCCCUGCUUGACUCAUGAGACCUCGCUGCCCUCUCCUUGGGGCACCCCAGCAAUCGCCAGGAAGAGACAUGGCUAUCAUAGCUCAUCCAACUCUGCUCCUGGUAAAGUCCUAACGGACUUAAAGCUGCACUUGGGAAAUCCGUCGCAACACUCUUCAGACCCUGUAGUCAUCCACCCCGGAGCAGUGCUGGCAAUGCUGGACCUCCUACCCUCUGUUUCGUCUGACACACAGCCUGAGCACGCUCUGGACCUGCAGCUGGCGGUUGCUAACAUCCUGCAGCUGCUAGUGCAUUCAGAGAGGAACCAGCAGAUCCUGUGUGAGGCGGGUCUGCACUCACGUUUGCUUCAGCGCUGUAGUUGCGCUUUGGGAGAUGAAGAUCACCCACUUCACCCACCUCUGCAGAGGAUGUUUGAGCGACUGGCCUCCCAGGCCCUAGAGCCGAUGGUGCUAAGGGAAUUUUUACGACUUGGGAAUCCUCUGAAUUGCGGUGCCUGGGACAAAAAACUCCUGAAGCAGUAUCGGGUCCACAAGCCUAGCUCCCUAAGCUAUGAAGCUGAAAUGCGCAACAGCAUGACUCUGUCCAUGGAGGGUUUUGGGCCAGAUAGCGUGUUCACGAUUAACGAGGACAACAGCCAGUACCGGAUCAGCCGAAGUCUGGUGCGAUCGGCUGAGGGUAGCACUGUGCCCCUCACCCGAGUCAAGUGCCUGGUCUCCAUGACAACGCCCCAUGACAUCCGUCUCCAUGGAUCGUCCGUCACGCCAGCCUUCGUGGAGUUUGACACGUCAUUAGAGGGAUUCGGCUGUUUGUUUUUGCCCAGUUUGGCCCCUCACAACGCGCCGUCCAGUAAUGCUAACACAUCUGGAGUCAGUGACGGGGCAGUGGUCAGCGGCAUGGGAAAUGGCGAGCGUUUCUUUCCACCUCCAUCUGGCCUGAGCUACUCGACAUGGUUUUGCGUCGAGCGUUUCAGCACGCCACCCCAAAGCCAUCCUGUGCGUCUGCUCACUGUGGUGCGACGGGCCACCUCAUCUGAGCAGCACUACGUGUGCCUGGCCAUCGUGCUCUCCGCUAAAGACCGAUCUCUCAUUGUGUCCACUAAGGAAGAGCUACUUCAGACCUAUGUGGAUGACUUCAGUGAGGAGUCCUCCUUCUAUGAGAUCCUGCCCUGCUGUGCGCGCUUCCGCUGCGCUGACCUCAUCACCGAGGGACAGUGGCACCACCUGGUGUUAGUUAUGAGCAAGGGAAUGCUGAAGAAUAGCAUGGCGACUCUCUACAUCGAUGGCCAGAUGGUCAGCACUGUCAAGCUGCACUAUGUUCACAAUGCUCCCGGUGGCUCUUCCUCCACAAACCCACCUGUGGUGAGCACGGUGUACAGCUACAUCGGUGCACCACCGGCCCAACGCCAGCUCUCCUCUCUGGUCUGGCGACUGGGGCCCACUCACUUUCUGGAGGAGGUGCUGCCUGCUGCCAGUGUGGCUGCCAUCUAUGAGCUGGGACCCAAUUAUGUAGGCAGUUUCCAAGCUGUUUACCUGCCAUGUAAAGACUCAAAGACUGAGGCUGUGCCACCCUGUCCUGUUGGAUUGGUUCCUGAAGAGAAGGUCUCCUUCAGUAUCUUUGCUCAUUCUGUAUCUACUCUCACUGUGGCAAAGAUACGAAAAGUCUACAACAAGCUGGACAGCAAAGCCAUCGCCAAACAGCUGGGGGUCUCCUCUCAUGAAAGUGCCACACCAGUCAAACUCGUCCAUAAUGCAGUGGGCCAUCUCAACGGCUCGGCCAGGACCAUUGGAGCUGCAGUCAUCGGUUACCUGGGUGUGCGUGCCUUCGUAACCAAACCGGUCGCCACCAACCUUCAGUACAUCGGAGGAGCAGCUGCCAUUCUGGGCCUGGUUGCCAUGGCUUCAGACGUGGAGGGUCUCUAUGCUGCAGUAAAAGCAUUAGUGUGUGUUGUCAAGAGCAACCCACUAGCUAGCAAGGAGAUGGAGCGUAUCAAAGGCUACCAGCUGUUGGCCAUGCUGCUGAAGAAGAAACGCCCUCUGCUGAACAGCCAUAUUCUGCACUUGACCUUUUCCCUCGUUGGAACUGUCGAUAGUGGCCACGAGACCUCAAUUAUCCCCAACUCCACAGCCUUCCAGGACCUGCUGUGUGAUUUUGAGGUUUGGCUUCAUGCUCCCUAUGAACUGCACCUCUCUCUCUUUGAGCACUUCAUUGAACUUCUGACUGAAUCCAGUGAAGCUGCUAAGAAUGCCAAACUAUUGCGGGAGUUUCAGUUGAUCCCCAAACUGCUGCUGACUCUGAGGGAUCAAUCUCUGUCUCAGCCCACCAUCGCUGCCAUCGGCAAUGUCCUCAGUCUCUUGCUUCAAGGCUUUCCCAACUCAUAUGACCUACUCAGGUUUGGGCAGUUCAUCUCUUCAACAUUGCCAACAUUUGCAGUCUGUGAGAAGUUUGUCAUUAUGGAGAACACCAAUGAGGAGAAGAUCGACAGGGGAGCUGAUGAUGAGUUUGGAGGCCUCCUGUCAUCCAACUUGAUUCUUCUGCGGAACAGACUGCUAGACAUCCUGCUCAAACAGCUCUUCACCUGCAAAGAGAAGAACGUUGUUAAUGUACAGGCUUGUGAAGAACUUGUGCGCACCUUGGGUUUUGAUUGGUUGCUUAUGUUUAUGGAAGAACACAUUCACUCCAGCACAGUGACCGCAGCUCUCUUAAUCUUGGUGGUGUUGCUGAGUAACCAAUCCAUCCUGAUCCGGUUUAAAGAGGGCCUGACUGGAGGAGGAUGGCUGGACCACACUGACUCUGUGCUCACUAAUAAGAUUGGCACUGUUCUGGGUUUUAACGUUGGCCGCAGCGCAGGAGGCAGGUCGACAUUGCGUGAAAUCAACCGAGAUGCCUGCCAUUUCCCAGGAUUCCCUGUGUUGCAGACUCUGCUGCCCAAACAUACUAAUGUCCCAGAGAUCUACUUCAUGCUCAUGGCCCUUUUCCUCCAGCAGCCAAUCACAGAGCUGCCUGACAGCCUGCAGUUUGACCUGGACUCUAUCUGGACGACUAUAUUUGGCGUCCCAGCUUCCAGUGCUUCUGUGGUGGGCUCCAUUCACAACAUGUGUACUGAAGCAGCGUUCCUGCUACUGGCAAUGCUGCGCAGCAUGCUCAACCUGCCUUGGCAGUCAGAGGAGGAGGGUUCCUGGCUGAGAGAAUAUCCCAUCACUCUCAUGCAGUUUUUCCGUUACCUCUAUCACAACAUCCCAGAUCUGGCACACAUGUGGCACAGCCCGGACUUCCUGUGUACACUUGCUGCUACGGUUUUCCCCUUCAAUAUACGGCCUUACUCUGAGAUGGUGAGUGAUUUGGAUGAUGAAGGAAGCUCACCCACAGAAGAGUUCAAAGCCUUUGUGACGGAUACAGGCAUGAACCGUAGCCAGUCAGAAUACUGUAAUGUAGGCAAUAAAACCUACUUGACCAACCACCCAGCCAAGAAGUAUGUCUUCGACUUCAUGAGGGUCCUCAUCAUGGACAACCUGUGCAUGACACCUGCCAGCAAACAGACGCCCAUCAUUGAUCUUCUGCUAGAGGCCUCACCAGAGCGCUCCACCAGGACCCAGCAGAAAGAGUUUCAGUCAUACAUCCUGGACAGUGUGAUGGAGCAGCUUCUGGCAGCAGAUGUUCUGCUGGAUCAGGCACAAUAUAUGCAAAAACUUUCAUGGCAUGGUGAAGAGGCAUCAUUGCCAAUAACGACAGGAGGAAGUUACCAGAUCCUGGUCAACAAUGUGUUUUACUUCACACAGCGUGUGGUGGAUAAGCUUUGGCAGGGCAUGUUCAACAAAGAGUCCAAGCUCGUGGUGGAUUUCAUAGUUCAGCUGAUCACCCAGUCCAAACGGCGAUCACAGGGUUUGUCUCUGGACUCAAUCUACCAUUGUCUGAACCGAACAAUCCUCUACCAGCUCUCACGACCACACAAAACGGUCCCGCAACAGGUCACCCUGCUGGAUUCACUACGUGUGUUGACGGUAAACCGAAACCUUGUGCUGGGUCCCGGCAACCAUGACCAGGAGUUUGUGACUUGCCUGGCCCACUGCUUGAUCAGCCUGCAUACGGGGAGUAGUGUGGAGGGGUUUGGUUUGGAGGCGGAGGCCAGAAUGACCACCUGGCAUGUUGCGGUUCCUUCUGAGAAUGAGUCGGACAAUGUCCAGAGCCAGGAUGUUAGCGAAGGUCGUCAGUUGUUGCUCAAGGCAGUGAAUCGUGUGUGGACAGAGCUCAUGCACAGUAAGCGGCAAAUGCUGGAGGACAUUUUUAAAGUGUCUCUACCAGUCAAUGAUCGAGGACAUGUGGACAUCGCCACUGCUCGACCUGCUUUAGAGGAACCUGCUGCUAAAAGCUGGCAGAACCAUCUGGUCCAUGAGAAGAAAUGCAUCAGCAGGGGCGAGACCAUUGCCCCAAUGAAUCAGUCCAAACUGUCUCGAGUCAGCAGUGGCUUUGGUCUGUCCAAACUUACUGGUUCCCGUCGCAGCAAGAAGGAAAGUGGAAUGAACAAGAACAAUCUUUCUGCACAGGAGACCUUUCAGUGGAUGUUCACGCACAUUGCUGUGGUCCGGGACUUGGUAGCAAUGCAGUACAAGGAGCAUCAAGAGAGACAGCAGAAUGCACUGAAAUAUGUGAUGGAUGAGUGGGCAGGGAUUGAAUAUGAGCUGCUUCGUGAGAGGGGCCUCUGGGGGCCUCCUAUUGGCUCCCACCUGGACAAGUUUCAGUUGGACAUGACUGAGGGACCCUGCAGAAUGAGGAAGAAGAUGGUUCGGAACGACAUGUUUUACAUCCAUUAUCCCUAUGUGCCUGAUCCUGAACCCAACACAAGCACUCAGAAUCAAUCACAGGUGCCAUUAAUGGGCGCAAUGGUUAACAUACCAGUCCAGAAACCGGCGCGUUACAGACGAGCGAUAAGCUAUGACAGUAAGGAGUAUUACAUGCGGCUGCUGUCAGGGAACCCGGGGAUGUAUCAGCACUCCAUAGAGCAGAACACAGAGGGAGAGACCACACAGCAGGAGCCUGAACAUGGAGAGGACACCAUCGCAAGGGUCAAAGGUCUGGUUAAGGCCCCUUUAAAGCGGUCCCGCUCUACAGCGGAUGGAGCUGAUGAGGACAGUCAAGACCAGCUGCAGGAGUUGCUGGAGUCAGGAGCUAUGGACGAGGAGCAGAAAACUGACAACACCACGCUGCUCCGCCUGCUGGAGGAGGGAGAGAAGAUCCAGCACAUGUACCGCUGUGCUCGAGUUCAAGGUCUGGACACCAGUGAAGGGCUGCUCCUUUUGGGAAAGAACAUUUCUAUGUGA